AAGAUGAAAGGACCUAAAUAUGUGGAAAACAACUUCUAGUUGUUGUUAGCAAGACGGGUAGAAUACAAUAAACAUAUCAAUUAAAUUAAGAAUGCCAAAUGUAAUCCCAUGUUGGAGAAAAGAGUAAGUUAUAUUUGUAAUUUAGUCUUUAUCAUAAUAAUAGUCCUUUUUUAGGUAGCUGGAGUAAAAUUGGAAAUAGGCCAAUUUAAAAAGAGAACAAAUGAAAUAUGAGGAGAUAGUCAAGUUAAAUACCAAGAUGUUGAUGAAGGUGGCAAAUGCAAAGGAAGAUCAAUUUUUAUCACAAAGUAAUAAACAAAUCUAUUGGAGAUUCAUAAAAAGGGCGGAUUGACUCUGCCAGAUCAAGCAAAUCUCUGCAUAGUGUGAUAAAGAAAACAAAGGAGCGAGAGUUAUUUCAAGAGAACAAAAGAUUGAAAGAUAAGAUCGAGAAUGUUCAAUCUUCAAUUGCAUAUAAUAAAAUAAUUGAGAAUUUCAACAAGUAAGCCAUAUUCAAAAACAUUAGACACCAAGGUGAGAGGGAUCGAUUGACAAGAAACUCCUAUCAAAAAUAGAAAAAGAUAAAAGAAAUGUUGGAUAGCCUGACAUCUUAGUCUAAAACGUCUCUGCACUCUAAAAAUAACAAUUCCAAUUAAGUGCCCAAAUUGAGGUUGCCCAAAAUCAAUCAGUAGGGAUAGAGUGUGAAAUCAAUACAAUAAUUAAACAAAUUGAGAGUGGAUGGUUUCUACACUGCCAGAUGA